UGCGCGUAUGGUGCAACACUGAAACGAGUCAAUGGAUGUGCGGUUUGUUUUGGGGUUUUGAAUCUGUCUACAAAGCAAGCAAGCAAGCAAACAUACAAACAAACAAAAAAAACAACUGUAACAUGAAAUUAACUCGCAAGCUUGUCCUAGCCAGGGCCAAAGCUUCAGACCUGGAAAGCGUCAAGAAACUUAAUUGCUGGGGCAGUAAUCUCGUAGAUAUAUCUAUAUUCACCGAAAUGCCAAACAUUGAGGUCCUGACACUAAGUGCAAACAAAAUCUCUUCACUGGAACACAUCAGCCAGUGUCACAACCUGACAGAGCUGUACCUGAGAAAGAACAACAUCGGCAGUAUCUCUGAGCUGUACUACCUGAAGCCCCUGACUCGCCUGCGCGUCCUGUGGCUGUCGGAGAACCCCUGCUGUGGUCAGGAUUCUCAGAAGUUCCGGCUGACGGUGCUUCGCAACUUGCCUAACCUGCAGAAACUGGAUAACCAAGCGGUCACUGAGGAGGAGCUGUCCCGUGCUCUGGAGGAAGGAGAAGAGAUCACUGCACCUCCUCUCUGGGAGGGCACAGGAAAUGGGGUGCCGGUGUUCCCCGAGGAGCAAAGCCUGACUGACCAGUCAACGGACACCGAGAACGACCCGCUCAGCUUCAGCAUGGAGGAGACCAAUAAAAUCCGUGAGCAGCUGGGGAUGAAGCCUUUAACCAGAGAUAAAUUCCCAUCCUUUACCUCUCCCAAGGAAGUAAGACCUACUUGGGGUAAAAAGAGUAAUGUUUUGAAUGCGGUUCUGCUGCUGCUAAAGGAUCUGGACGCAGAGAGUCUGGAGGUGGUUCGCAAGACAGCAGAGAACAGAUUGCACACUUUGCAGAGGAAAGAGUCUCAGCUGGAUAUACAAGAAGUCUUCAAGCAAUAACCACCACGAAUAGACCAGUGCCAUAGCAGCGCUGUAUCCACAACCCUCUUCUGACUGCUGCGGUUCAGUUCAGUUGAGUAGCCAAAGCGAGAGUCACCUGUGUAAAAUCUUUUAACCAAGCUUAGCAUGCAUCACAAACAUGAAACAUGCCUGAAAUUAAAAACAAGCACCAAGAGCCCUUGCUGCAUUUCUCUCACGUUACUGAGUGUAAACUCAGAAGGGUUUAGACAUUCCACCAGGUCAUCACUGGUAUUAAAAAAAUGAGUUGGCUUGCAGUUGUAUUCCUGAAUUUAACAGUCAGUCAUGAGAACUGCAACAUUGCGCUAGCACAGCUGAGUGCUGGAAACUGUGUCUCCAGUGUCUGAACCAGCUUGGUGUUUAGAGCCUGUUAGAUGGUAAUUCUGUAUGACGGACAUGCAAUUUUAAUCAAUCCAUGUGAAGCCUGUUAGUUGAGGGUGACUUCCCAUUAUUAUUUUCCCUUAGGAUGCCAAUAAGUCUGAUGUACAUAACACAAUAAUAAUGGACUACAUAUAAAGAUGAGUCAUUAAUAUCAUAAUCUGGAAGGCAGGGUGAAGACAUAAAUUAUGUUUUUUUUUUUUUAAAAACUGCAUUUAUUUCGGUAAGGGAAAUGCAGGCGUUAACCGUACUGCAGUGAAGCAUUCAUUUCAGUCAGGAUUGAAGAAACCUGGUAUUUGUGUAUGCAAGAAUAUAAUCUUAAACAGUGUUUGUUUAACUUAUUAUUGUAACAUAUGUUUACAAUGUGUUAAGAUAAUUCAUUGUAAUGGUUGAUUGGCUACAAGGUGGAAAGACUAAAUAUAUUUUGGAUUUAUAUAAAUAUUUUAUUAGUGUAUCCAGUUUGUUAAAAGAAAUGUCAGGUACAGUGUAAAAUCACACAGUAUUAUGGAGGUAAUCAUUUAAUGUACAGUAAAUGGCCUGCAUAUAAUUUACAAAUAUAUAUUUUUUCCUUGAAUAUGGAUUAUGUUAAAUGGUAACACACUGAAUGAACUACAUUAUCCUGUGUGGAAAUGUUUAAUUUAGGAAUGGUACUACAUUUUACUAUAUAACAGUACAAGAACAGAGUUUAAUAAAAACAAAUUAAAUGGAAAA